AUGAGGACAGAUUUCACGACACGAGAACACAUCCGGGAUGAGGAAUUUUUCACGUUUUCCCUAGCAGAGGCCAGUCGAUUCACGGCAGCCUACGUGGUGCAGGAAGGACGAGAUCACGGACUGCCCGGCUAUGUCAAGUACAGGGAAUGGUGUGGACUCGGAGGCGGCAAGGAUUUCUCGGACCUCAGGGAUAUCUCCGAGGAGGGAAUCGCGAAGCUGCAGAAAAUCUACAAGUCGGUGGAGGACGUGGAUCUGGUGACGGGCGGGCUGAUGGAAGUCCAUCCCGUCGGGAGUCUCCUCGGUCCCACUUUUUCCUGCCUUCUUGGCGAACAAUUGAAGCGCAUCCGACGAUCCGAUCGCUUCUGGUACGAGAACGACUUCCCGCCGAACCAGUUCUCCAAAGCCCAAUUGGCAGAGCUGAAGAAAGUGACCCUGGCGUCCCUCCUCUGCAUGAACACGGACCGCAAACACGUCCAGCCUCAAGCCUUCCUCUUGCCCGACCGCCACAGGAACGCUCGGGUGCCGUGCGACACCAUCCUCCAGAUAUCCCUCGAGCCGUGGAAGGAAGCCGAGGCACCGGAGCUGGUCAUCCCGCCCGGGUUCUUGGACCUUUCCGUCGAGAGGGCGAAGGAAGACCUCCGGAAGAGACUCGACUGGGAGAAACUCCUCUUCGAAGAAAUUACCUCGACGUCGCAUUUCGUCUCCUUAGAUCUGGUGGCGCCGCCGAACUCGGCGAUGGGGAAGUCUUACAGAUUCCACAGCCCGAACGACGCAGCCAUCCAUCUCGCCAACACCUCCCUCGUCUUUGAAUUCGUCACGCAGGAACUGACCUAUUUGCUCUUGCAGUCAAACAACUUCAACGGACGCGGGCCGCGACAGAACUUCUUCGGCGGUCAGCGGCAGAACUUCGGCGGCCAGCGGCAGAAUUUCUUCGGCGGGCAGCGGCAGAACUUCGGUGGCCAGCGUCAGAACUUCGGUGGCCAGCGUCAGAACUUCUUCGGCGGCCAGCAGCAGCAGAACUUCCUCGAGGGCCAGCAGCUGAACAACGUUUUCGUGGGCGACCGCGUGCCCCAGCAGCCUCCUACCUUCUGCGGGGACGAGGAGAGGCAGCAGUGCGACCCGAAGAGUCCCUUCCGCACGUUCUCGGGGUGGUACAUCAGCCUGCCUCGGCAGACGUCCGUGACGGGCCAGCCCCUGCCCUCGCCGCGGGGCGUGUCUACCUUCAUCCACGCCGACGUGUCGCGCCUCAGCAACCGCCACGUCCUCAUGAUCAUGCAGUUCGGGCAGUUCCUCGACCACGACAUCACGAUGACUCCCGUCCACAGAGGUUUCCAGAAGUCCGUGCUGGACUGCCGCGCCUGCGACAGCGCCCAGCGCGUCCACCCCGAGUGCUUCCCCAUCGGGGUCCCAGGGAACGACCCAUUCUUUCCCCCUGUGGAUGUCAACACCGGAAGGCCUCGGUGCAUCAACUUCGUCCGGUCGCUUCCCGGACAGACCAAACUUGGACCCCGACAGCAGCUGAACCAGAACACGGCGUUCCUGGACGCGUCCCAGGUGUACGGGCAGAACUUGUGCGAGGCUCGGAUGCUGCGAGCCUUCGUGGGGGGGAGACUUAAGUCCGCGGCCCCACAGUUCAGGGGGAAGGGACUUCUGCCCGAGGCCCAGGCAUGUAACUCGGCGUCCGGACAUUGCUUCCUCGGAGGGGACAACCGGCUGAACGAGCAGCUGGGCCUGGGCGCCCUGCACACCAUCUUCCUCCGGGAGCACAACCGCAUCGUGGACGGACUCGCUCGGGCGAAUCCACACUGGGACGACGAGCGGUUGUUCCAGAACGGGAGGAAGAUCUUGGGCGCCGUGUUCCAGCACGUCACGUACAACGAGUUCCUUCCGAGGGUCAUGGGAUGGAAUUCCGUCAGGCUCUUCGACCUCGGCCUCCUCCCCGAAGGAUAUUCCACAGACUACGAUCCGAAGUGCAACCCCGGAGCCCUGAACGAGUUCGGGGCGGCCGCAUUCCGGUUCGGCCAUUCCUUGAUCCGGCCGCAGCUGCACCGGAUGGACCAAUUCUUCAACUCCAGGCAGCCGAGCCUGCAGUUGCGAGAGAUGUUCAACAACCCUGCUCGUCUGUUGGAGGUGCAAAUGGUGGACGAGAUCACGCGAGGACUCCUGAGCGACCCCAUGGAGAGCCUGGACCAGUUCGUGACUAAAGAAGUGACCAACCACCUCUUCGAGGAGUCAAGCCGUCCCUUCUCCGGACUCGACCUCAUCGCCACCAACAUCCAGCGAGGUCGAGACCACGGCCUCCGACCGUACAACGACUACCGCCAGAUCUGCAACCUGAAACGCGCGACCACCUUCGACGACCUGGCCCAGGAGAUCCCCCAGGAGAUCCUGGAUCGUUACAAGCAGAUCUACGCCCACGUGGACGACAUCGACCUCUUCACGGGCGGCCUGUGCGAGCGGCCCCUCGAGGGCGGGCUCGUCGGGCCCACCCUCGGAUGCAUCAUCGGGCUCCAGUUCCGCUCUCUCAAGAAAUGCGAUCGCUUUUGGUACGAGAACGGGGACCCGGCCGUGCGCUUCACCGAGGCGCAGCUGGGCGAGAUCCGCAAGGCCACGGUCGCCAAGAUCUUCUGCGACAACGGCGACGUGGUGGAGAGCAUCCAGAGGAGGGCCUUCGACAUCGCCGAUCCGUUCCAGAACCCCCGCACGUCAUGCGCCGAGCUGCCCGGAUUGAACUUGUUCGCCUGGGCGGAGGGGGGAGCACCGGUGGUCGAAGCACCAGUGGUCGGAGCACCGGUCGGGGGAGCACCGGUGGGAGGAGCACCAGCUGGAGGAUGCACGAUCGGAGGGAAGUUCGUCCCGGUAGGACAGUUCGGCCUCGCGUCGCCGUGCGUUCAGUGCACCUGUCAGGCGGGAGGGAUGCCCCAGCCAGAACGAAAGCUAUUUAUUCGUAUUGCCGUUUCAGCCCAACUGCGAAUCGCUCCGCAUCACCAACUGCCAGCUGCUGAUUUCGUCCCAACCGCGAGAGGCCGUGAUGAACGACCAGGUCUGCCGGGCCCAGUGCGGGCAGCUGCUCGUGGCUGA